GUUUUUACACAAUUAUAUUUUAAUCUUGUAAAAAAUAAUCUGUACUUAUUCGUUCGACGAUCUCAAGGAAUCCUGUCCUUGAAAAGGGAUUGUUUGGUGUUUUAACGUCUUAACACACCUGUUUUAUUCCCAGAAAGGGUUAAACCUAUUGAAAUAUUUUGAUACUGGCAAGAAAGAUCCCACCAUAUCGAUAUCCACUUUCGCGGACAGCAGAUGGUGCAAUCCGCCAUCUGCUUCUGGGGCAAAGUUGCCGGCAACCAGGAAACAAGAAGUCAGCCAAUUGGCUCGAGUUGUUCGCAAUGAGGAAGCUGGGGGGGGGGGGUAAGUACAAGUUGGAUGUCCGUCCGUGUAUUUUUUUUUAUUUUGCACGGGGAUGGAGCAAUGUAAGCCCAGACCCCCGGCUGUUUCACUGAAGCUAGGGGCCAGUCACGUCGAUUUUCGUUAAACCAACUCAAAGAGAGCCAGGACGUCGCUGCGGAGUCCAUCGCCUGUGUAUGUACCCACUGCAUGUCGAACUUCUUUCGCGCCGUACGUAAGGCAACGGCGCUCGUCGGAGGUGCAGGCGGGAGUCUCGUUUGUCGAGAGGGAUCCUGCGUCAACGACAUUACAAUCGUCACCACGGCUUGUCCCGGGUACUAUCGGGCCUGCCCAUAGCCCCACAGAGAUCGCCGAUGCUGUUGUUUUGGUGGCAUAGAAAUAUACUCUCCCUAUCCAUCCAGCACCGAGCGCCAGCCAUUGCACUGGAUCCUGUCCACAAGCGACCAGCCGGCCAGCCACGUGUGCAAUGGCGGGAGAAGCGCUGCUGCUCGACCUUCCCGGCCUCGGGCCGGGGUUCCGAGCUGACCCGGCCUCCUUCCUCCCGGCGGCCCCGCGUCUCUCCUCCGGCCGCGGCCGCCCCUCGCUCCUCCUCGUGCUCUGCUCUCCUCGCGACGACGACGACGACGCCGCCGCCUCCGCCGUGACGGCCGCCUUCAAGGACUCGGCCGCGGCCGAGCCCCCGGGCUUGGCGCCGCCGUGCUACGUCCUGCGCGACGACAGCGUCGCCCGCCUCUUCUACCGCGCCAAGGGCCGCGUGGACGAGCUGGCGCUCGCCAGGGUGACCGUGGUCACGGGCGGGCACCGCGCGGCGCUGCUGGGCGCCUACGCGGCCGAGAUGUUCACGCCCGUGUACGAUGUCGAGGUGGCCGCCACGGGGCCCGGCGUGCCGAGCGUGCUGAGCCCCGCCGAGUUGGCGGCCGUGCGCGCCGACGUCGAGGCCUGCUUCAGAGGCCUGCCCGCCAUUAUGGGACCGGUGCGCGUUCUGCGUUCGCCGCUCAUCCCAGAAGAGCGGUUCCUGCACGGGUUCAGCACGCGCCAGGGCGGCGUGUCUCACCUGCCUGGGAUGAGCUCUCUGAACCUGUCGCGCUCCGUGCGCCGGCGCGACCCGCCGGGCGCCACUGUCGAGAACAAGCGGCGCCUGGCGCAGGCCGCGGGCUUCGCGCUCGACUCGCUCCGCACUCCCAAGGCACGGCGACACGCACGGCCCACACACGGGCCCCACACGCCACACACAGACCCCACACACAGACCCCACACACAGACCCCACACGGACCCCACACGCACACCGGUUAUGACGUUGCCGUGUCGCACCAGGUGUGCCACAGCACCGCGGUGUGGGUGCUGGGGCCCGAGGAGCCGGCGGAGUACGACGGGCUCCUGACGGCGCGGCCCGGCGUGACGCUUGGCGCGCCGGGCGCCGACUGCAUCCCGCUGCUGCUGGCCGACCCCGUCCGCGGGGCGUGCGGCGCCGUGCAUUCGGGCUGGCGCGGCACCGUGGGGGACAUCGGCGGCGUGGCGGUGCGCGCCAUGGUGGCGGAGCUGGGCUGCUCGGCGCGGGACCUCAGGGUCGUGCUGGGCCCCUCCAUCGGGCCCUGCUGCUUCCAGGUGGGCCCUGAGGUGGCCGCCCGGUUCUCGGCCAUCGACGCGACGUGCCUACGGCACCUGGCGGACGGGACGACGAACGGCGACCUGCGCAGGGCCACCAGGAUUCUGCUGGAGCGCAGCGGCGUGCUGCCGGAGCACAUCGAUGACGGCACAGCGCCCGGUCAGCGGGACGCCGACACCGGCGUCGUCACCCUGUGCACCUCGUGCCACCCGGAGCUCUUCUUCUCGUACCGCCGCGACGGCUCCGAGUUCGGCACCAUGCUGGGCUUCAUCGCGCUGCGCGAGUGACGCCUCCUUCCAGACAAAUCACCGCUCCCUUCCACCCAACCCCCCGCCGUGCCUCUACCUACUAAGUAUUAAAGUUUUUUUGUGUGUUAUUUUUGCCACUGAGCUAUGUAACA